GAACACCUUCUUUUGAAGGCAAUCGGCGAAAAUGAUUGCAGGUCUAUCGCCUGGUAUGCAGUUCAAUCACAUGACUUAUCAUAUGUACCCAACCAAAAACUUAAUAAUUAAUUCAGAUGCUUCGGGAGACAGACAGACUUUUUCAGAUACCCUAUUUGACCAUACACCCUAGUUGUUCAUUAACUUGGGUUAUUAUAUAUUCAAAAAUUACAAUGUUCUUUCCUUCCCACUGGGUGGAGCCCGGCCCAUUUGCUUUAGGGGCUAAAAGGAAAGUUGCUGACUCGCUUGGACUCAUCUACUGUCGUGAUGAAGUUCAGGCGUUGGGUUCUUGUUGCAUUCUGUGAAGUGGGGAUUCCGUUACAUUUUUACAGAAAAAGAUAUUGAAUAUCAGAAGUGCCAGAGAAUCUUACUGAAUCUGAUGGUGACAAAAGUAGGCAGGAAAAAUAUGCCGAAGAAGUCUGUCCAGUGCUGCACUUUAAGGAGAUCAUGUAUCAAGGCACUGCUUCUUUUGUUUGUAACUGUUCCUAUUUGUAUUCUAAGCAUAUACAUGAACGGGCAGAAGAUAUCCUACAUGUUGCGUCCCAUAUGGGACACUCCACCAAAGCCAUUUCAUCAUAUUUUUCAUUAUUAUGCUGAAAAUGUUUCAAUGGAGCAUCUUUGUUACCUUCAUGGUUGGCGAGUCCGGGAGAUACCUCGUCGUGUUUAUGAUGCUGUAUUGUUUAGCAAUGAGCUGGACCUACUGGAGAUCAGAUGGCAGGAAUUGCUUCCUCUAGUAACAAAGUUUAUAAUCCUUGAAUCCAAUACAACUUUUACUGGAUAUGGAAAACCAUUGUAUUUCGCAAAUAACAGGGAAAGGUUUGAAUUUGCUGAACCCAAUGUUGUGUAUGGCAUGUUUCCAGGUCGGUCCCUUUUAGAUGGGGAGAAUCCCUUUGUACAAGAAACAGAAAACAGAGCGGCAAUGGACCGACUUAUAAGAGAGUCAGGCAUCCGUUAUGAUGACAUGCUUAUCAUGUCAGAUGUAGAUGAAAUUCCAAGUUCACACACAAUAAAUCUUCUAAGGUGGUGUGAUAAUAUACCACCAGUCAUGCAUCUGCAGUUGCGAAAUUAUUUGUACUCCUUUGAGUUUCCUGUUGACUAUAACAGUUGGCGUGCAUCAAUCCACCUUUAUCAGUAUUAUACACGCUAUGCUCAUUCCCGUCGAACUGAUGAGCUCUUCACAGAUGCAGGCUGGCAUUGCAGCUUCUGCUUUCGGCACAUAAGUGAAUUCAUAUUUAAAAUGAAAGCCUACAGCCAUGUAGAUCGGGUGAAGUCUUCUUACUUCCUAAAAUCUUCAAGAAUUCAGCGUGUCAUUUGUCAUGGAGAAGAUCUAUUUGAUAUGUUACCAGAAGGAUAUUCCUUUCGAGAAAUAUUCAACAAGAUGGGAAAUAUACCUCGCUCAUUUUCUGCGGUGCACCUGCCAUCUUAUUUGAUCAAGAAUGCUGACAAGUUCAGGUUCUUUCUUCCUGGGAGCUGCCUGCGAUGGCCUGGCUAACUAGUGGACAGGAAAUGGAAAGUUGACAUGGUUAUCGAUGAAGGAUUUGUUGACAUAAUGCAGACUUCGUCAACUGUAGACAUGAUCUGUUAGAGAAUUAUCUAUGCUUUUGUACUGCAUCUGUUUUGCUCCUCGUGCAUGCUAUUUUGGGGCUUUAAGAGAAAUUCAAAUAGUUAUCCUGCCAAUGGGAUUCUCAUCCUUCUGUGCAACAGCAUCGAUGAUACAGAAUGAUUUUGCCUAUCACAGAUGAAUCAUGCAAUGACAAUCAGUGAUGGAGCUUAUUAUGAUCUGUCCUAAUUACUGUUGUGAUUUUUCUAUGGUUGAUGAAUUUUGUAUGCACUUGUGCAUCACCCCAAUUUUGAGGGUAGGUUCGGAGUUAGAUGACAUUUAAUAGUAUAAAAUUCAUUCGAGUCAGGUAUUCCCUGGUUGUAUCAAAGCAUUGUAUCCAGAAGUCUCCUUGAGCUCAGGAAGGUAUACUGCAUGGGAGCAUAACGUCAAAUUGCUAAGAAAUUAAAGCUCUUGGUUUUUGUA